AGUGAGUGGUUGCUUCAUCAAUUCGUACGACUUGUUCUAUCUGACGAUGUUCCUUGCGUAUUCCUCGUGAAAUCGGGAUCAAUUGCGACCGAAAGAAUUGGACGCGUGCUCACAACGCCCUCAAUAGGAGUAGUGUGACGGGAUGCUGCCAUUAUCAUGGCUUUUGGUUAUCUGCAUGACCACACAAAAAAGCAUACCUCAGUAUAAGAUAUGCAAUACCAGACUGCAGUUGCUAUUGUGAGGUGGUGAUGGCUUGCGCAGCCCCGGAGUGAAGUGAAAGUGAAAGAGGCUUGGCUGUCAACAGGAAGUCGCAACGGACCGCUCCUUCGCCGCCUCCUCACACUCACACACUUUUCACGGCCUCACAUAAUGGCAACAACGAACUGCGAUACGGCAGUUCUCGCUAACGCCGGAGACAGUCACACUUCCGACCCCUCAACAGUACCUGCUGACGACGCGACGACCUCUACGGGUUUCAAGCUCAAGAUGACCGAUCUUGGGCUCGAAGUUAUCACAAUCGACCGGCAUUACGAUCUGACGCUCAUUGUUAGGAAUCCGGACCACACGGAUGGUCAGAAGGCCUUCCAGAUCAGCCGCAGCGCUAUGUGCCAUGUCAACGAUAUCUGGACAAAUAUGCUCACAGGUAAAUGGGCGGAGAGCAAACAAUCAAAUGUUGAACUGCCGGACGACUCGUGGAAAGCGUUGCUUCUCGUCUUACACAUGGCGCACUCGCAAUUUGCUCAGCUGCCAGACGAACUGAGUGUAGAGGAGCUUUGGGCGCUGGCAGUCUUGACGGACAAGUACAACCUCGCAGAGAUAGUGCGUGUCAUAUUGGAGCUCAAGAAGUGGCUGGUGCCUUACAAGACGGAGUGGACGAAGUGGCCCUUGCACCCCCAGAUCCAGGAGCUCGCUGAGAUUACUAUGGUGUUUGGCCUCGACGAGGAUUACGAGUAUCUGGUUGACAGAUUGGCGAUUGAAGUCGAACUCGUCCAGGACGGCGAUACGGUGUGCAGAAAAUACGGUCCGAAAGACAAGGAAGUGCAGCUACGGCCAAGUUUGCCCGAUUGUAUCCUGAGUAAGUCAAGCACUGUGACAGCCUUGCCGCAUGAUCAGGCGCUAAUAGAACGUAUAGCCAGGAUUGUAAACGCACGUGACUCGAUCUUGCCUGACUGGCUCGCAAGGAUCGAUUAUGCGGUGGGAAUGGCUAUCACGGGAUAUUCAGAUCCCCAACUGUCAUUAUGUGCGAAUAAGCUGUGCAUAGCGACAAGAUCUGGAGUCCUAUUGAGAGGCCUCAGUGCUGCGGGUAUUUGUCCAAGGUUCGCGACUAUCGAUAUCAUGGACAAGAGCGUUGCGUUUUACUGGAAGGGAUUAAACAACAUCGGUGCUAGGUUCAAGCCGUACAGUACCUGCGACAAGACUUUCGGGUACGGGCGAGGGGCCCACCACUCUAGCUGCAGCUUCGAACAAUGCUUCGGCGACUUCGGUAUCCUCGGUCAGGCGAAGAUACACUGAGAAAGGUGUUGCAUGUGGAAAUCUCCGCCCACCUACAAAAUGUAAGCUGCAGACGUCGCACUGGUAUCGACUUCACUGACAUCGAUGGAAUGACUACCUUCAGGCACUGGCAUAGCAGAAAUAUUGCAAGCCGGUCAACGGAGCACAGCUCACGCUGCAACAGGAAAACGGACGCUGCAGCGCUGCGAGGAUACACCAUCUCAAAGGCUGCGUUCCACCCAAAAGGAAUACUCUUUGCUCUGCAUCUCUUUUCAGACUCCCGCAUCACCAAGGGUCUCUUCC